AUGGCAGAGUCCAAAAGAGACAACCAAAUCAAUGCCCGUGGUGAUCAUGCCGUGGAGACGGGAAGUUCUCGAGAGCAGCAUGAGCUUGACAUGCUGCCCGAGUCUCCGAACUCGUCAGAUUCGGAAACCAUGAUAGAAACUGGGAAUGGUCGGGGGAGAUUCCGUGUCCUUGCAAUUAUGGUUGCGCUGUCUCUUUCAGUCUUCGUAGCUGCCUUGGACCAGACUAUCAUGUCCACGGCCAUACCGACAAUCACUGCAAAACUGGACUCUGCGGCCGGUUAUACAUGGAUCGGGGGUGCUUAUCUCCUUGCCAAUGCAGCCGGUGCACCCAUCUGGUCUAAGUUAUCAGAUAUUUGGGGUAGGAAGCCGAUCUUGCUGCUGGCUGUUGCCUGGUUCUUCAUUAGUUCCAUCAUAUGUGCCACGGCUGUCAAUAUGCAAAUGCUGAUUGCCGGCCGUGCUCUGCAGGGCACGGCUGGGGGCGGUUUAUUCCAACUGGUCACAAUCACCAUCUCUGAUCUCUUCAGCGUCAGACGUCGUAGUCUAUAUCUUGGAUUCAUAGAGUUCAUGUGGGCUUUAGCCGGUGGAGUUGGGCCUCUGCUUGGAGGCGCUUUCUCUGAAUACGUAUCCUGGCGCUGGAACUAUUGGGUUAAUCUUCCCAUUUCGGGGACAACAUUCGUCCUCCUACUCCUCUUCUUGGACGUGCACAACCCAAAAACACCGGUGCUCGAGGGUGUGCGUGCUAUUGACUGGUUCGGAUGUCUCUCUAUCCUGGGACUGACGCUGAUGGUCCUUCUGGGCAUUAAUUUUGGCGGAGAGACAUUCCCCUGGAAAUCACCGCAGGUGAUCUGUCUCAUCAUUUUUGGCUCUUUCUGUUCCCUCUUGUUCAUAUACAGCGAGAAGCGUCUGGCCAAGUACCCCAUCAUGCCCUUCAGUCUGUUCAAAAGCGCAUCGAACAUAGCCGUUCUUGUAGUUAGCUUUACGCACGGUUUCGUUUUCAUUGCCAGCGAGUACUACCUACCUUUAUAUCUUCAGUCCGUCAAGCAAGCAUCCCCCAUGCGCUCAGGUCUCCUGGUCCUCCCUCUUAUCGUCGUGGAGGCCAUGAUGGGCGUGUUGUCUGGUGCCAUCAUCCACCGAACAGGUCGAUACCUGGAACUCAUCUGGAUCGGAUGCGUUCUAUGUACAGUCGGAAACGGAUUAUACAUCCAUCUGAACGCGACCUCGUCUUUGGGUGAAAUCAUAGGAUUCCAGGUUGUCAUGGGUCUCGGAGCGGGCCUCCUCUUCGAACCCCCUCUGAUCGCCCUGCAAAAUCUGGCUUCACAAGAAGACACUGCCGCCGCAACGGCGACGCAGGGCUUCAUACGCAACCUGGCAACUUCAGCCUCUGUCGUCAUCGGCGGCGUCGUCUUCCAGAACAGCAUGAACAAGCAGGCAUCCAAGUUAAAAGCCGCUGGAUUACCGGACAGCUUGGCUCAGAGGCUAUCGGGGAACUCAGCGGCAGCGAGUAUCACCAUUAUCAAGACCAUAAAGGACCCCCUGCAACUCCUCGCUGUGAAAAAGGCUUUCUCGUGGAGUUUGCACAACAUGUGGAUUCUAUACACGGCUAUUGCGGCCGUUGGCAUCGUCGCGAGUGCGUUUAUUACGAGCGAGAAACUGAACAAGGAGCACGUUGAGACCAAAACGGGUCUUAGAAAGGAGAAAUCUGAAAGUGGUGGUGUACUCGUUACUGCGGUUUGA